AUGAAACGUGUAGUGUUUUCCUCAUUGUGUUUAAUUCUUAUAUCCGGAUGUCUCUAUAUUGUGUUAUCGCAAGGAGACCAAUUGGAAGGAAAAUCGAAAGUCCAACGGCCGAAUAUAAUUGUUAUUAUCGCGGAUGACUUGGGCUGGAAUGAUGUGAGUUUUCAUGGCGCCAAUCAAAUACCUACGCCAAACAUAGACGCUCUCGCUUACAAUGGUGUCAUACUGCAACGACAUUACGUUUUGCCGAUAUGCACACCAUCAAGGACAGCAUUUCUCACUGGACAAUAUCCUAUUCGAUCUGGUAUGCAAGGCUACCCACUAAAGGCAGGUGAACCUCGCGCAAUACCUUUGAAUAAUAAACUGCUGCCAGAAUAUUUGCGAAAAUUAGGAUACGCCACGCACCUCGUAGGAAAGUGGCAUGUUGGCUAUUACAGUGAUGAUCACACACCAGCAUAUCGGGGCUUCGAUACCUUCUUUGGGUACUACAAUGGAUACGUUAGCUAUUUUAAUCACACCAUUCAACAAAAUAAUCAUAUCGGCUACGAUUUACAUUACGAUAUUCCCGGAAAAUUGUCUGUGGACUACAAUUACGAAUAUUUGACUGAUGUUAUAACGGAAAGAGCUGAAAAUAUAAUUGUAAACCACAACACCAAGAAACCUCUUUAUCUGCAAUUGUCCCACGUCGCCGUCCAUUCUAGCGACUCCAAAGAUGUAAUGGAAGUCCGUGAUAAGGAAGAAGUGAAUUCCACUUUAGGCUACAUUGAAGACUUCAGUAGAAGAAAGUUUGCAGGUGUACUUACAGUUUUGGAUGAAUCUGUCGGUAGAGUGGUUAACGCAUUAAGGGAAGCGGAUAUGUUAGAAAAUUCGAUUGUUGUCUUCAUGUCUGACAAUGGUGCACAAACUGUGGGCUUAUUAGAGAACUUCGGAUCGAAUUAUCCUUUACGAGGGUUAAAAUUUACGCUAUUUGAGGGUGGCGUUCGUGGCGUAGCAUGCGUUUAUUCUCCCUUAAUAAAAAAGAACUCCAGGAUAUCUAAUCAAUUGAUACAUGUAACGGAUUGGUUACCAACAUUCUACUCCGCUGCUGGCGGUAAUUUACAGGAUUUAGAGGUAAAUCUUGACGGAAUUGAUCAAUGGUCCACCCUUGUUUCGGAAAAACCGACCAAACGGACUGGUGUGAUGUUGAACAUUGAUGAAGUGGAAGGAACUUCUUCGGCUAUAAUCGGAAAAUAUAAAUUAAUAAAUGGAGCAAGCAUUCAGUAUGGUGGUUAUUACGGAGACAGUGGUAUGAGCUCAUUGUAUCCUGAAUACAAUGUAUCGCGCGUUUUAAAAUCUCUUGCGGGGUCUGCAAUAUCCAAAAUAUCAAAGUCCACGUUAAAAGAUAAGAAAAUAAUUAAGCUUAGGGAAGAGGCAAGGGUGACAUGUAACAAGUCUACAACGUAUCCAAAGUGUUCGGGUAGAUGUUUGUUCAACCUAUACCGAGAUCCCUGCGAAACAACAGACCUGUCAUCUAGGUAUCCAAGGAUCGUUGAUCAACUGAAUCAAUAUAUUGAAGAAUAUAACAAAGUUCUGGUGCAUCAAACUAACGCGCCAGUGGAUCCAGCCUCUUACCCUGAACAUUUCAAUGGAACGUGGAUGCCUUGGAUAAAAUUGUCGAAUGAUUAUGUCUCCUUAGAUUUAGUUUCUAGACGCAGUGAGAAUAUUAACUAA